UCGUGCUGUCUGCGUCUGAUAUCAUCUCUUCUCAUCUCAUCUCAUCUCUCAGGCAUCUAUCUAAAUGUCCCCCCUCCCUCCCUCCCUGGCUCAUCCAAGUGAGUCAUCAUCUCUCACCAACCCCUCCACAACACAGACAGGCACACAGGCACACACACACACAACGCAUCAAUGACUGAAACACUCGACACAUCUCUCUCUCUCUUGAAUCAAUCAACCAGUGGGAUGACACUCGCAGCCAACGACACGCCCGCCACACACACGACCCACAGCACAUUGUCAUAUGACGUCACGGAUUUCACAGUCACGACACAGUCGUCUUGGGGCUCGACGGCGACGGGAUGAGUGGCGGAAUUGGCGGCGACGAUUUGCUCUCUGAGGGAGGGGCGGGGGUAGGGGUAGGGGAGGGCGAGGGGCUUGGGGCGGGAGAAGGCUGUUGCUGCUGCUGCUGCUGGGCUCCAGUUCUGAAGUUGGUGAGCAGGUCGGCGAACGAGCUGGUCUUGGGCUUGACGAGGUUCUCCAGGCCCUCACGCACCACCACACGGUCGAUGAAGUCGCCCUCCUGCAGGAAAGGCGUGAUCUCCUCCAUACCGUCCACCACAUAGCCGAACACGCUGUACCGACCGUCGAGCACCUGGGCUCCCUGAAUGAAUGAUCAAUCAAUGAAUCAAUGACACACACACGCGUCCGUCUGCUGCCUCCGGUGGGGUGGGUGUGCGGUUGUGUCUGUCGGACCUCCUGCAGUUGUCCCAUCUUGGCGGGUGGCUGCUGCGUCCUCAGCCAGAAAAAUUCGCUGGAGCCGCCGUUGGGAUCGUCGGGGGGGUGCGCCAAGGCCAACGCACCCUAUACCACCACACACAACACAACACAAGACCCGUUCACCCACACCCACACAGACAUGCAGCAACACACCUGCACAGUGAAAGAGGUGAGUGGCCGCUUCUUGCGUGUGUUGGCGUCGAAGUUGUCGUCGCCAUAGGUGAGGACGCCUUUGCGCUGCGACCGGUCGGAGGGGAGCCGGAUGGAGGCGAACGGCAGGGAGGGGUAGUCGUCGUCGACGGCGGGGUCGAAGCGCAUCACCUCGAGCGGCACCUUGCGCAGCCGGCCAGUGGAGGGAUCCACAAAACCCUCCUUGUAACGGCCACCUGCACACACCACACGCACACACAGGUCCAUCCAUCCAUCCAUUCAUCAAUGCUGCCUCUGCGUGUGCUGUCCGCCUGUCUGUGUGUGGAGGUGAGGCGCACCGAUAACAGUUUGGAAGGACACAGGUCUCUCGUUGAUGGCGCUUUCGUCGGGGCCGCCUGACUCUGUUAGCAGAGUGGUCUCGACGGCGGGUGGCUUCUCUGUGACGUUGGACAGGACGAUGGGCAGAUCGUUGUAGAAGCCCCGCACGGCCAGCUCCAGGAAGUUGCCCGCCGUCACGGGCGCACUGUACCCGUCAAGCACUAUCGUCAAGUUGCCUAAACCCACACACACAACACAGCAUGCGCCACCUCUCCCUCCCCCCUCUCCCUCCCCAGCUGACUGACCAAGAAAAGACGGAUCGUCAGUGUUGAUGACCCGUUUCCUGCCCGUCUCGACGUUGACAUUAGGGUUGACGGGCCGAUCGCCAUUGGCCUGUGUCUGGUUGAUGACCAGGGUGAGCAGGGGAGGAGAGCCCUUGCGUCUGAAGAGGAUGUCGACGGUGGCGCGGCCGAGCAGUCUGGGGAAGCGCUCGAACUCGUCUCGCUCCGGCACGCCGUAGGGGUAGUCCUUGACCUUGAGCGUGGCGAUGUUCUGCAGGUGGUACAAACCGUCAUCGGCCGCAUCGAUGGCCGACGGGAUGAAACCGUUCUCCAAGUACUGCAUAGGCACAGACGCACACAAUGGACACACAGACAUGACACGGUGUGUGUGAUCUGGAUGGCUCGGUGUGUGUGUGGUUGCCGAGCUGACGAUGGAUGCGUUUUUGAGAGCCAUUUUGAGGUCUUCGAUCUGCCCCUCGCCGAAUGCGAAUCGCCUGAUGGUGACGUCGCUGGGGUCCAUCUCGCGGAAGGUCGGCUGCAGCUCGCUCCGGCGACUCUCGACCAGCGAACGGGCCUUCUGCAGGCAGGCACGAGUCACAGACGAUGCGAUACAGAAAAGACGAUGGCGUGUGUGGGGGUGUGUGUGUGUGUAUGUGUUGGUGUGCAUCUGACUUACCCUGAGGCUGUCGAUGUAUUUCUGCGGGACUGUGACGUCACUGUCGGCUGUCGUGUUGACAUUCCUCAGGUCACUGAUAAGGGUCAGCUCGCGCUCGAGCGUCUGCACACACACACACACACGGCACACACACACACACACACACACACACACAGCACACACACACACACACACACACACACAGCACACACACGCACACACACACAAACAUAGGCAGAUGCGACCCAUGUGAGUCUGUCUGUCUGUGUGUCUGUCUGUGAAGGGCGGUGCGGUGGAUGGCUGUACAGUACCUGCACGAGCGGUUCGACCCUCGAGGUGAGUGGGAGGGUCUGGAGGAGCAUUGCGCUGGGCUGUGGGGGAUAGGGGAGGUUGAAGGGGAACGACGACAGAAACGAAUCACCACUCGACUUCUCUUCAAAUCCCUGACCAUGUUGCAACCACCAGACACACACAUGACGCUCCUGUCUGUCUGUCUGUCUGAUUGGUCAGCUGACCUCUCCCCCCAGGAGGCGUUGCAGGAACGCCGGCAGCGCCGCAUCCGCCCCGCCCGCCCCUCCAGCCACCGGCAAUGCCGCCGCGCUUCCCACCACAAACCUCAUGAGCCGCUGCCGGAUGGCCUCACGCCGACUGUCCAACUCAGUCGAUGCAUCCUCCUCAGAACCGCCUGCGGCCGUCCUGAUGAGCCCUGCUGCUCGCCUCCUGAAGGGCGUCAGCUCACACGACGGCCGUGAGUGCCGCCACGUGUCGAAAGAGCGUGAGGUCACCACCACAGGUGGUGUGAUGGGUUGGCUGAGGAAUGCGGCCGCUGCUGCAGCUGCAGCGGUGUUUGGUCUCGCUGUGCGGUGGGUAGCCGUCCUCAUCCAUUGCCGUGCGGACGUUGUCGUUGCCUGUUGGCAGCUCAGCAGAGCCGUGACGAACAGAGUGAAGCUGCCUCGCAGCAGGCGCAUCAUCGGCAUGACCCACAGCCGCUCCCGCGCCGGUGCACACGACGAUGCAGAAGCUGCAGAUCCCGAGAUCUCUUCGUUGUCAGCGCUCGUCGCGCGGCAAUGGCCUCAUGACUGCAUUCUCUCUCACAAUCAGCAGCGGAGAAAGGAUGGUCGAAUCGACGUGCCACGAGCCAGAAUCAAGGCUCGGUAGGCAGCCUCAAGCUUGGAUCUGCACAGAUCUUGG